UUCUUUUACUAAUGUGCGUUACAGUCACGAAAUACCCAUAAAGCGUUACGACGAAUCCCGCUUACAUGUUAUGUGGUUUUAGCGACGACGUUCCUGUAAAUCUGUGUAAAAGGAGAGUGGGUUUAUUGAUGAAUUAAUUGUUAGACAGCUAUAGAGAGCAGGUAGCUUUGAAGCUAGCGAGGUCAGAGCUGUUGGACAGCAAGGCUGUCAAGUAUAUUUUGCAAAUGAGAAGCCGGAUUAAUUGGCCACUGUAAAGGAUUGUUUGUUUGUUUGUCGUUUACAGAACCUUAUGCAAACAGUGUGAAAGGCUGCUGAAAAGCAGUUCAGCAGAUAGGCGUACGUUAUGUAUGAAGUCUUCGUGUUAUAUUAGUUACGUUCAUGCUUGCUAGUAAAUGAUUUCUUAUACUUGUCAUUGAAUAUAAAAUUACAGGGAAAGAUAAACCAAUUGGUGUCAAUAUGCCGUUGAGAUACUGAUUUUUACAGACUAGAACAAGCUGAAAUCCUCUCAGAAGGAUAAAGUUCGCCAGUUCAUGAUCUUUACCCAGUCAAAUGAGAAAACAGCAUUGAAUUGUUUGUCUCAGAAUGAUUGGAAACUAGAUGUUGCCACAGACAACUUUUUCCAAAAUCCCGACGUCUACAUACAGAAUCUAAAGGGAACACUAGACCGGAAGAAGUUAGAACAGCUUUACAAUCGGUACAGAGACCCUCAAGAUGAUAACAAGAUCGGUAUAGAUGGAAUCCAGCAGUUCUGUGAUGAUUUGGGUCUUGAUCCAGCCAGUGUAAGUGUUCUGCUAAUAGCUUGGAAGUUUCGGGCCGCAACGCAAUGCGAGUUCUCCAAACAAGAAUUCAUGGAGGGAAUGGCUGAGCAAGGGUGUGACAGUAUAGAGAAACUCAAAGCACAGCUACCAAGGAUGGAGCAAGAGUUGAAGGACCAAGGGAAAUUUAAAGACUUCUAUCAGUUCACAUUCAACUUUGCUAAGAAUCCAGGACAAAAGGGCCUAGACCUAGAAAUGGCAAUUGCAUACUGGAAUUUAAUAUUGGCUGGGCGUUUUAAAUUUCUAGAUCUAUGGAACAAAUUUUUAUUGGAGCAUCAUAAGCGAUCCAUUCCCAAAGACACAUGGAACCUUUUGUUAGAUUUCAGCACGAUGAUCACAGAUGAUAUGUCAAACUAUGAUGAGGAAGGAGCAUGGCCAGUACUUAUUGACGAUUUUGUGGAGUUUGCGCGACCGUACAUUGGCACCAAGAGCACAGCUGUAUAAGUACAUUCCUUCUGAGGGCUGUCUGGACCUCACUGAAAACAAACAGCUUCUGCUGAGCACAGAGGACUGAACGGAGAUCUGCAUUGCCUUUUCAAAGCCCUCAGGACUGAGACAUUUAUACGAACCAGAGACAUUAAAAGGCAUCUUUUCUCUUCAGUCGUCUAAUGGUGGUUUGGGCUUUUAUCUUUUUGGGCCUGUUUUUGUUUUGACUUCAUACAGGAUCUUGUUCAAUCUCUGGGACUUCAGCGGUCUCAUCCAGAUGAAGCAGUUUGUCGAACAAACUGUCACAGAUACAGUUAGGAAAUGUCAAUAUCUUAAUUUUAGUACUCCAUGUGCAUUCUUGCUUCGAAUGUUUGUUUCUUUCCAAUGGGUUUUUAUGAAAAUUGUUUGAUUGAUCUCUCUUUUUUUAUAAAACAGAGUAGCUGGUGUCUCAAGAGCCAGUCACAUUUACUUUUCUUUUUGUGUUUUAUUGUGACUUAAUGUACUUUUUUCUGUUGAUGUCCAGACAGUGAUUUCACUUUGCUUGUUUGGUUUUGAUUAAAUCGAUAGAUCAUAAUAACUGAGAAUAUUAUAUUUUACAAUCCUAGAAAUAAUAUUAAUUUGAACAUUACCUCAGUUUUCAUUGAUUAAUGACUCCAUUUGAUGUAUUGAUAUACUGUGUUUGCAGUUCAUUCAGCACUUUGAUAAGUCACAUAAUCCAUACAAUAAAAUCAGGUUAUAGUUGAUGAAUAAAA